AUGAGGGAUGUGGCAGGAGAUGAGGCAGAGGGAUCAGGAAGCCAACGCUAUGCAAGGCUUAAAGCCAAAGUAGGAAAUUUCAAUUUUAUCCUGAGCACAAGCAAAAAAGCCAUGGAGAGGACUGAACAGGAAAGUGCAAUGACAUGCUUUAAAAGCCCAGGACAAGGCAACAUGCAGUUGAGUGGGUUGGAAGAGGAAAUGGAUCAGAGGAUUCAAGCUGCAGAACAUAAGACAUGGAAAGAUGAAAAUCAGAAAGUUAAAAAAGAUCUGUUAAAAGCACAGACAAGCAUAGCCUUCCUUCAGAGUGAAUUAGAUGCUCUGAGAAGUGCUUAUGAACAGAGUCUGAACUCUGAGAGGGAUCUGGAAAUAAUCCGAGAAUACACAGAAGAUCGAAAUAGUCUUGAGAGGCAAAUUGAAAUACUCCAAACAGCGAACCGGAAGCUUCGUGACAGUAACGACGGUCUUAGGAGUGCCCCUGAAAAGAGCUGCAGCGAGUUCAGCAGAUCCUUGGUAUACCAUCUCAUUUUACGAUGCAUUUCAGUCCUUGUAGUAAUCCUUGGGAAUACAAUUUCUAGAAGCGGUCUUAAAUUUAAUGGUCAUUCUCUUCAACCUCUGGGUUAUGACAGGAGAUGUUUCAGGGAAGCCUCUGGGGUUACCGCAGAUGACAUUGCAGCUUAUGUAGUACAGGAACUUGAAACUGUUGUCACGGUCUGUAAGUGUCUAAGAAGUCUUGAUGCAGCCCAUGACCCUAUCAUGCUGGUGGGAAACAAGGCUGACCUCCGAGACUCCGCUUCUGCAGAGGGGCAACAGUGUGUCUCAGGGUACUUUGGAGAAAAGCUGGCCAUGACCUAUGGUUCCUUAUUCUGUGAAAUAAGUGCCAAAGAUGGUUCCAAUGUAGUGGAAGCUGUUCUACAUCUUGCUUGGGAAGUAAAAAAAAGAACUGAGGAGGAGGACAGCAAAUCCAUCGCCAACCCGAGUGGGACCAGUUCCAAAAAGUUGGCCCAGAUGAAGAAUUGUUGCAGUGGUUAA